UACAACAUGUAUUCUAUUGCUACAUCUCUAUGAAUAUAUAUAGUACUUUACCUAUAGACAAUAUAAUUAUAUUAAUCCGAACACAUUGGAUUACACACUCAUCUCAACCAUGGGAGACCAAGUAGACGUGCUCAUCUGUGGUGGCGGCUCUGCCGGUCUAUGUGCCGGAGUCUGGCUCGCCCGCUGCGGUAUCCGUUUCCGGAUCCUGGAACAACGGGACGGGCCGCUCAAAAGGGGUCAAGCCGAUGGGGUUCAGUGCCGAACGACGGAAAUAUUCGAGAGCUUCGGACUUUCCGAUACACUUCUCAACGAAGCCUACCAUGCCUCCGAGCUAACGUUCUGGGCUCCGGAAGAUGGUGGCACCGAAAUUAGGCGCACGCAUUACGCUGCCGAUAGGUUGCCCGGUGUAAGCCAUCUACCGCAUGUCCUCCUCGGCCAGGCUAGGAUGAACGAAUUGCUCACGAACGAGAUGGAGAGUGCGGCAGGAAGGUCGUGCGUCGAGUAUGGUUGCGAGGUCUUGGGCGUAGAGGUUGAUAGCGAGAGCGCGCGGGAUCCUGAUGCAUAUUGCGUUACUGUGACAGUGUUGAAGGAUGGAACAGAACGGAAAUACCGUACGAAAUAUGUUCUAGGCAGUGACGGAGCUCACAGCGCUAUCCGGAAAUCACUUGGCUUUACGAUGGUCGGCGACACGAGCGAUAGCGUCUGGGGAGUGAUGGAUAUCUAUCCCCGAACCAACUUCCCCGACAUCCGCAAGAAGGCUAUGAUUCAGUCGCCAGCAGGUAACCUGAUCAUCAUACCUCGAGAGGGAGACCUGCUGGUUCGCUUCUACAUAGAGCUGAAGGGUGCAAUUGCAAAAGACGUCACGCUAGAAGAGCUUCAUGAAAAGCUCCGGCUAAUUCUUCGUCCGUACGAUCUAGAAGUAGCCGAAACAGCGUGGUGGUCUGCCUACUCUAUUGGCCAGCGCCUUGCCGACCACUUCCACAAAGACUACCGUGUCUUCCUAAGUGGCGACGCCUGCCACACUCACUCUCCCAAAGCGGGACAGGGGAUGAACGUCAGUUUGCAAGAUGGCUAUAACAUCGGUUGGAAGUUGGCAGCUGUCAUCCGAGGACAAGCUACGCCAGAGUUACUUGAGACGUAUGUGUCAGAGCGACAGAAGACUGCUGCGGAACUGAUCGAGUUUGAUCGAACCUGGACCAAACUCUUCUCGUCUUCAUAUCGUAAGGAGCACGGCAUCACACCAGAGCAGUUCCACGAUAAGUUCCUCUUGUCUGCUCGGUACACCGCGGGCCAGGCUAUAAAUUACAACGACUCUAUAAUAGUUUCUGCGAAGACUAGUGAAGCUUCCUUAGCCACUGGCUUAACCGUCGGGAUGAGACUCCCGAGUGUUCCAGUAAUCCGCUUUACCGAUGCUCGCGUAAUGCAACUGGUCCGAUUCUUACCGGCCCAAUCCUGGUGGCAUAUCUUAGUGUUUCCCGGUGAUAUAAUACGCGAUUCUCAGACUUUGACACGAUUGCAGAAUUUUUCAUCCGGCUUACAGAAGAUAGUUGAUGCUUUCACGCCGCCGGAUGUCGACCGUGAUGCGGUCAUCAACCCUAUACUCCUAUUCUCGUCGGGACGUACAGAAGUUGAACCAGACCAGAUCCCUGCUGUUUUCACACCCAUCGUAAGCAAAUGGAAGAUGAAGUCUCUUACUAAAGUCUUUUCCGACGAUGAUGGAUAUAAUUCGCCAUCCGGUCACGCGUAUGAAACGUAUGGGAUAGAUCCUAACCGAGGUGCGGUAAUCAUUGUUCGACCAGAUUACUAUAUAUCCAAGAUUUGCUCAUUAGAAAGCGUCGACGCCAUAAUGUCAUUUUUCGACAGGUUCAUGAAACAGAAAGUAGUUUGACUUAGGAAAGCACCUGCGUCCAUCAUCAAGAAUCUCCUCAAUCCUUCUCUAGUCCCGUGUGUGAUUACAUUAGGUACAUAAGGCCUUCGUUCCUAGUCGGUAUGGUUCCUUAUAUAACUAGAUGUCUGGUAUCAACAGAUCAUAUGUAGUCCAGGGGUUGACUUGAGCAGUUAUAACCCCCGGGGGCGCAUUAUAAAGAGUGAUAACUGACAGAUCGAGAACAGCCAAUAAUUUAAUUGCCGAAGAAUAUUCAAGAUUUGGAAUGGGCAUUAGUAUAGUAACAAUGGCUGAGCGCAGCCUGCUUUAAAACCACGUCAACUUAGUCGGCAUCAUAUGAGAGG